CACCACUGUCUCCUCAUCCUCGGGACCUCAAUGGGACCAUUGAAAAUCUCGUUCUGUCCUAGGAAUUGGUUUUGUCUUUGCGCAUUGCGUAGAUAUGUGACAGCCGGCUAUGCGUGGUGAUCCGGAAGGAAUGAAGGAGAGAGAGAGAGAGAUGCAGGAAGCGGUGGUCGGAAGGCAAGUGCUGCGGCAGCAGGAGACGGUGGACGAAGAUGAUGAGGUAAAGGGAAGGACGGGGUGGAGGAAUACGACGCACGUACUCUUCGAUAUGCCCCUAAAAGAAUCAAAUAAAGACUCAUACAUUUCCAGUUUAGGAGUAUUAUUUGAAAUAUUAAAAGAUUCCGGGGGUUAAUCACAAAAUUUUAUAUCCUCUGCCCCCUUUUCCUCCCGGACGGCUCUCCCUCGUUCCCAAGAAGCCCUCGAAGCCAAACCCUAAUCUCGUUGAGCUCUGCGAAACUCUUGCCACCAUGGAUGAAGAGAACACGGGCCCAUUCCGCCGGACGUCAAGCCGGACCAAGAAGAUCGCCGCCAAGAUGGCCGCCGCUCUUGCCAGCACCGACAACCGGACUCAGGCAGCGCUUGCGCGCCUCGAGUCUUUGGAAAAUGAUAACGCGGGGGCGGAGAAUGUGGAGAUUAAUGACGACGACGAUGCUUCUUUGGAUGAUGAUGAUCAAGCUUAUGUUCAAAAGAAACAAGCGAAGAAUAUGAAACGCAAGACAAGGCAGGCAAAAGCACUUGAAAAUGCAAAGAAAGCACCCAGGACAUUUACGGAGCUGUUACAGGAGGCAAACUUAGAGGCUUUGCCUCCACAUGUUCCUUCCUAUUUGAGAGCUGCAGUUGGCCCACCAAGCACAUCGUCACGUCGUCAUUUCUGCACUGUUUGUGGUGAUGCUGCAAACUAUACAUGUGUGAGAUGCGGAGUGCGAUUCUGUUCAUGUCGUUGUCAAGUUAUACACAAUGAUACUAGGUGUCUGAAGUUUGUAGCUUGAUCUUGACUUGCUCACUGCGCUUCUGUGGAUUGAGUUCAUACACAGGCCUCCUCAAGUUCAGCUUUAUCAGAAGACUGAAGGUCUGCUGUGCUUCUCUGCACACUGUAUCUAGUUUUUCUUAGAAGAAUGGAUAUGCUUUUCCGGCUAUUCCUUCUGUCGUGUUUCCAUUUUCAGAUACUUGUAGAAAGGUAGUUAAUCUGUCGGGGUCAGUUUCUAUAAAUCUGCAUAGCGAAAUAUGUGUCUUCCUUAAAAGAUAUAGACAAGAAAGGAAGGAAAAAGCAAUCAACUCUGAUUGCAUUUGAUCUGUCCCAAGUUCCAUCAUUCUUGUUGCUCAAGGUCGCCUUUUCUGAACUAUGGUUAACAUAUGUGCCUCAUUUUCUGUGAUUAUAGAUUGUUCAUAUCUUUGGGUCUA